AUGUUAGAUCUAGCUUUUGAUGCCAAGUCCGCAUCAUUUUUAGAUUGGUUUAGGACCUGGCCUGGAGCGACUUUUCAUCCUAAUAUCAAGAUUGAAGAUCUGCGCGCAAACGGUGCCGGAAGAGGAAUUGUUGCCACUGCGGACAUCCCUGAGGAUACCGUACUGUUCUCUAUUCCGAGAACAGCAAUCAUCAACGCGGAGACUUCUGACCUCCCUAAACGCAUACCCCAAGUCUUCGAGACUACGGGCUUAGAGGACACAGAUAAUGAAGCCGAUGAAGAUGGGAGCGAAACUAGCGGCCCUCCUGAUAACUGGAUCUCACUUAUUCUCAUCAUGGUAUAUGAGUAUCUUCAAGGUGACAGGUCUCGAUGGAAACCUUACUUCGACGUGCUUCCUAAUCAGUUUGAGACCUUGAUGUGGUGGUCAGAUCAAGAGUUGAGCGAACUGCAAGCAAGCUCAAUCGUGUCCAAGAUAGGUAAAGACGAGGCCGAUGGCAUGUUCCGCACUCGAGUACUACCAAUAAUCAAUGAGUAUGCCGAUGUCUUUUAUCCAGAAGGAUCCGGAAGACUUAGCGAGGAUCAGUUGAUGCUUCUAGCGCAUCGCAUGGGCAGUACCAUUAUGGCAUAUGCUUUCGACUUGGAGAAUGAAGACGAAGAAGCUGACCCUGAGAAUGGCGAGGAAUGGGUUGAAGAUAAAGAAGGGACCCUCAUGAUGGGUAUGGUACCGAUGGCCGAUAUCUUGAAUGCAGAUGCCGAAUUCAAUGCUCACGUUAAUCACGGCGAAGAUAGCUUGACUGUCACUACCCUGCGGCCAAUUGUUGCCGGAACUGAGAUACUCAACUACUACGGGCCGCUCGGAAAUGGCGACUUAUUAAGACGUUACGGAUACGUAACGAAAAACCACUCCCGAUAUGACGUGACGGAAAUAUCAUGGGACUUGGUAUUGUCUGUAUUAAAGGACACUCUCGGGUUGGAUGAACCUGCCUGGGGUAAAGCGGUCAAUGAGCUGGACUUAGAAGAAAUUGAGGACGCUUUUGUCAUCGAACGAGAUUCAGGGGAGCCGAAUUCCAAUGGAGAACUUAAGGAUGAACCGACCUUCAAAGAGCUUCCUUCGGAUCUAGUCGAGCAGCUCCAUGCAGUACUCAAAGCGAUCAGGAAGGUCAACCCAGCUACUAUUCCAGAUAAGACGAUACGGGACGAGAUCACAUCGUUGGUCAUACAUCGCGCCCUCGAACUAAGACUGGCACAAUAUACUACAAACCAAUUGUACGAUCUGGAUCUAUUGUCCGGCAAUAAGGUUUUAGGCCGGCAGAGGAUGGCCGUAACUGUGCGGUGGGGCGAAAAGGUUCUAUUGCAAGAAGCUAUCAACUUCGUGCAAGAAAGGGUGCACAAGUUAAAGGCCAGAACAAACCCAGAGUCCGAACCAUACGCGAAAAGGCAAAGAACCAGGUGA